UCAGACGAACUGCGGCUCCCAUUCACAGCACUCUCCUGCGCCACCCCACGUCAAGCCACACAGACAGAGCAAACAGAGGAAGAGGGUUCAUAAAUCGUUGCUGCAUUCAUUCGUCCCUCCCGUACCUGUGUGGGCAGGUGUGAGGGGAAUGCGACGUGCAUGCUCUCGAGGACAUGAUUCGGCACGGUGUCGCCCACCCACAGGAACACGCUGCUUGACAGCCGAAUGCCCAGGAAGGCCACGGGACGGUCGAGGAUCUUCUUGGAACCACGAUAGAUGAGCUGGCAGCGGCGACGAGUCGGAUGAGCUGGCAGCGGCGGCGCUUGUCGACGAUUCCAUAUCGUGCACUGCAGAAUCUGAUGGAGCUCAGCGGCGCAAAGAUCUCGUCUUUUCAGCUCAAAGAUCUGAUCGUUGUGAUGAUCUGCGGUACUUGCAGGGCGUAGAUGCUUGGAUGGGUUGAGA